AUGAGGACUGCAUUAAUUGCAUUGUUUUUCCUUCUCUUUGCCUCGUGUUCCGAAGCUGAUGAUGUUGUUCUUGACGUCGAGAACAAUCCUGUUAGACCUGGGAAACCCUACCACAUUCGUGAUGCCACGAACUGCGAGCACGCGAUUUCACUUGAUCUUAUCGGAAACCAAACUUGCCCUAUUUCGGUGGUGAUGGCCAUUGAUCCAAAGCAGGUGAUUUUUCACUCGAUCAAACACAAAGAAGUAGAAAACAUCACCGCUAGAGAUCCCUUGGAGAUCGAGUUCUCAUGGACAUCUGAAUGCGCGAAUCCACCAAAUUGGAGAGUUCAAGCCGAUGCUUGUGCUGUGUAUCCUCUUGUGGUUGGUCCGCCUGACAAACGUCACGUUCCUGGUUCAUUUCGUGUUAAGAAAGCUAAAGAUGAACGUGAUGCUUAUAAUCUUGUCUUCAAUCUUCAUGAAGUGGAUGAGCAUGUUGUUUCAAUCCGAAGCUACAACGAUAAAGAAGACCUCUCGGUUUUGAAGCUUUGUUCGGAGGAAGGGCUCAAGGUCAAGUUCUAUCCUAUUGGACGUUAUUAA